AUGAUCUUAUCUUUGAUAAGUUAUUCAAUUUAUACCCAUAUUUCAUGUUUCAACGAGACUGCUAUUGAAAUUCCACCAAACCCAUACGCUAAUAUCAAACCAUUACGUCCAAGUGAUUCAAAGAAGGCUCAUUUCAUCUACACAGACCCUGAAUUCAGAAACAAAUCACUAGAAACAUAUCAAGGUAUUUUACAAAUCCCAACAGAAGUUUAUGAUUUUACUCAAAGACCAGAAAUUGAUAUUUCAGGAUGGGAACCUUUUUUAAAAUUACAUGAAUAUCUUGAAGAGACAUUUCCGUUGGUGUUUAAACAUUUAAAAGUGGAAAAAAUUAAUAAACUUGGAUUGAUUGUUACGUAUCAAGGUUCUGAUUCCUCAUUACCCCCAUUAUUAUUAACUGCUCACCAGGAUGUUGUCCCUGUUGAUACUGAUACUUUGAAAAGUUGGAAAUACCCACCUUAUUCAGCACAUUUUGAUGGUCAAUUCGUUUGGGCUAGGGGUUCUGCUGAUACUAAAAAUUUAUUAUCAGGUAUUUUUGAAACUUUUGAAGAAUUGUUAAAAGAUGGGGUUAAGCCUAAAAGAACCAUUAUAUUUGCAGGUGGUUAUGAUGAAGAAGCUAUUGGAAGGUAUGAUGGUGCUGUCUCAUUAAGUUCGUUCCUAGAGGAAAGAUAUGGUCAUAAAUCCUUCUAUGGUCUAGUUGAUGAAGGUGGUAGUGUUUCGAAAUUUGGAGAUUCAUGGAUUGCAACUCCAUCCAUUGGUGAAAAGGGUUAUUUAGAUAUUUAUAUUGAGCUCUUCGUUCCAGGUGGGCAUUCAUCAAUCCCACCAGAUCACACUUCAAUUGGAAUUGUUGGUGAAUUGACUACAUUGAUUGAAUCUAACCCAUAUCCUUCAGUUUUGACACUUGAUAAUCCUAUUUUGGAUUUGUUAAGAACCGUUGGUGAGACUUCAAAUGAGUUAGAUGAUUCUAUCAGAUAUGAUUAUAUCCAUGCUAAAUUUGAUGAAGGCGCCCUUAAGAGAACAUUGGAAAGAUUGACUAAAGAAAAGGGAACAAAAUACUUGGUUCGCACAAGUCAAGCUAUUGAUAUCAUUCAAGCAGGUGUUAAAAUCAAUGCUUUACCUGAAGUGUUGACAUUGGGAAUCAAUCAUAGAAUCUCAUUGGAACUAACCGCUGAUGAAAUCAUUCAUAACGUUGUGGGUCAUGUUGAAAAAAUUGCUAAAAAGCAUAACCUGGGCUUAACGUGGAAUAAUAGUGAAGUUAUUCUUGAUACUACAGAUGAAGGUCAUUUCAAUGUUUAUUCAGUGCAAGCUUUGGAUCCAUCACCUUUAUCAACCACAAAUGAUAAGACUUGGGAUGUCUUUGCAAGUAGUAUCAAACAUACUUAUGAUGAUAUUGUGUUCAAAAGUUCAAAUGACACAAUUUCAGUGGCACCUUCUUUGGUUGGUGGUUAUACGGACGCUUCAAGAUAUUGGCCUUUAACAGACCACGUUUACAGAUUCAUUGCAGCUACAGGAGCUGGUUAUGAUAUUCAUGCGAUCAAUGAACGCUUUGAAUUUGAUAGUCAUUUACAAACCAUUGCGUUUUUGUAUGAUUAUAUCUUGAACGUUAACGAGUAUGAUAGUUGA